UUUUCCUCACUAUCAUACAAUUAAUAUCUUAUCAACGCUGAUGUGGUGUUCAGGGUUUCUCAAAAUGUAUUAUCACACUUAACUACGUGUUUGUUUCUGAGUUCAUAUAUAUUGCUCAUGUUAAUUUUUAACACUUGGCAGUUUUUUAAAUUCUAUUCAACAAUAUUCCAGGCAAAAUAAGGUUUAUGCGGCUAAUGAAUAUCCAACUAUACAAAUUUCACAUUCUAUUAAAAAUCAACUAUUUUUAAAAUAGUACUAUGACAAUUCUACUUAAAACGAAUGAAUGAGAAAUAAAUUUAAAAAAUGAGAGCUCACGUCAUGACAUUGGCUAACAGCAUUAUCGGUGUUAGCAUACUAGCUAUGCCGUUUUGUUACAAAGAGUGUGGAAUAAUACUUUCAACAUUAUUAUUGGUGUUAAGCAAUUUAAUGUCGAGAGCUUCUUGCUAUUUUUUAUUAAAGUCUGCAAUAAAAUCAAGGACACGGGAUUUUGAAUUCCUAGCAUUCCAUUUGUUUGGUAAAUUGGGAAAAGUCACUGUUGAGUUGAGUAUAAUAAUGUUUCUUAUGGGAACUUGUAUUGCAUUCUUUGUUGUUAUGGGUGAUUUAGGACCUCAGAUUAUCGGUGAUAUGUUUAACAUAAAAAAUACUACAACUCUUCGUCCAAGUAUUAUGAUUGGUUUAGCUGCAUUUGUGGUGUUGCCGUUGGGGUUGUUACGUGAUGUUAAUAGUUUAAAUACAAUUUGUACAGCAGCAAUAAUAUUCUAUGCUUGUUUAGUAUUUAAGAUUUUCAUUGAAGCUUUUGACAAACUUUUCUCUUCUGUUUGGGUUUCAGAAAUAUAUUUUUGGAAACCAGUUGGUCUUUUCCAAUGCUUACCAAUAUUUUCAAUGUCUCUAUUUUGUCAAACACAGCUGUUUGAUAUCUUUGAGACAAUUACAAACGAAUCAUUGGAUAAGCUAAAUGCAAUAAUACGUUCAUCAAUGAAUAUGUGCACUAGUGUUUACAUUAGUGUAGGAAUUCUAGGAUAUAUUGCUUAUUAUGACUCAGCGUUAACAGGGAACAUUCUUACUAGUUUUUCAGAGUGUCUGUCCAGUGAUAUAAUUAAAAUUGGUUUUGUUAUGUCUAUUGCUGUUAGUUUUCCUCUGGUCAUAUUUCCAUGUCGGUCAUCAAUAUAUUCUCUACUUGCUACAAAAGAUUAUGUACUUGUAUCUGGAGGAAGACAGCAUAUUGCAGAAACCCCUUUUAAAUGCAUCACAUUUUUUAUAGUAUUAUUUUCCUUAGUCACUGGUCUUUUAAUGCCUAAUAUAGAAGUUGUAUUAGGACUUAUUGGAUCUACUAUAGGAGUUAUGAUAAAUGUAAUGUUUCCUUCUAUGUUUUUAGUACGUGUGGCCAAUAAAAAUCCUAAAGAAAGGUUUUGGGCUAGAUUUAUAUUUUUUGUUGGUAUUUUUAUUAUGGUAAUGGGAACUUCAGCUAAUCUCUACGCUAUACAACAGACAUUUUCAAAUGUGAAAACCAUCCAUAGAGAAGUUGAAACGUUGGAUGUUAAACCUAUGGCUACACAACAUGACAUUAUAAAUCCAAAAUUGAAAACAUCUGAAGAGAUACGUGUUGAACCUCCUAUUCCUGUGGAGCCUAUUAUAAAAUCAAAUGCUGAAGUAAAAAAAGAAAAAUCAGUAAAAGUAGAUAAUGGAAAUACUAUUAGUAAAGAUGCAAUUAAGAAAGAGGACGAGGAAUUGGAAAAACGGCCUGAAAUAGAGUUACUUGAAAAGUUAAAAAAUCACGAAAAUGAAGAGAAAAAAAUAUUGGCUGAAUCCAAAAAAAUUUUGGAAGAAUUAAAAGGAGCUCGUCAAGUACAGCUUGAAAAUGAUAAAAAAAAACCUGUUACCAACGUAAUAGACUUGAAAUUCAAUAAAAAACAAAAAGAUAAAAAAAUGGAUACAUCUUUAGACAAAAUGAAAAAUCAAUUAGUUAAGGAUAAGUUACCUUUACCUUUAGUAUUGAAAGAAGCAAACAAACUUAAUAAAACAAAAGUAGAAAUAAAUAGAGAUAAACGAGAUUUGACUUCAACAGUAAACAGUAAUAAUGACGAGAAAGAAGAUAAUUGUAUUAAAAAUGAAAAGGCUGAAAAUAAUGACUCCACAAGAGUUAAAAAUGUUGAUAACAUAGAUUCUGUUGAAAAUGUAUGACAAAUUGAAUAUUAAACAUUGUAAACAUACUCACUUCUUCUUCCCACCAUUCCCACUACCAUGGUUGAUCUCUAUAUUUUGCAAUACUUUAUAUAUACCUAAUUAUAAUAAUAUGUUCUUACCACAAUAUUAAUACAGCUGCAAUAUUUUUUUAAUCUUUUUGUGGACAAAUUUGUAUUAUUUUUAAUAUUUACUAUUAAGUAUUUAAAAAAAUUGUAUGUGUAUUAAAUUUAAAGUUCCUAUAUGGUUAACAGUAAUUACAAUUUGUAUUUAUUAUUUUUAUGUUAUUAAAAUAAUAUUAUAUUCACGAGCUACUCUCAAAGAAAUGGAAAACUAAAUUUUUGAUCAGUUAUUUAUGAUUAAUUACAAUUUAAUAUGUGCUUCUACAUGAAAUUUGAAUGUACGACCUUUAAUACUACAUAAUAAGAAUCCAUGAAAAAACCUGUAAAAUUAAAUUAUUAUUGAAUUUCUUACAUAACUAUAACUUACAUAUGUGCCUUAUGAGUUAUGAGUUCACGAGUAUAUUAUAUUUUAUUUAUUGUUUAUUUUCUGUUUUAAUAUCAUAAAUGUAUUGAUACUUUUAAAUAAUAAAUAUAUAUUAUAAUAAUUAUUAAUUA